AUGUGCUGGGCUAUAUUAUGCACAUAUAUAUUUCAACUGUCCUUCACGCAUACCUCUUUUACUGUGAGUCGUUAAAGUAGUGGUGUCUUAAUGACAGAGAAUAUAUUAUGCAUACUUUUAUUUUGAAGAAGCAUCUUUAUGAAUGAAACAACAUCACUUCCGGCUACAACAAGCCUUCAGCCGGUGUUGUUUACUGUGUAAAUGAUGGACAAAAAUGUCUUCCGUUGCGUUGAAUGUAACGAACAAGCCACAGAGCUUCACCGGGACUACAGCAACGGGAUCCUGACGAUCACUAUAUGCGGGUCCUGCCAAAAGCCUGUGGAUAAAUACAUCGAGUACGACCCUGUGAUCAUCCUGAUUGACGCCCUUCUAUGCAAGACCCAGGCUUUUAGGCACAUUUUGUUCAACACCACAUUGAAUAUCCACUGGAAGUUGUGUGUGUUCUGUCUGCUCUGUGAGGCCUACCUCCGCUGGUCUCUGCUGCCGGGCUCCGAGCAGAGCAGGGACCCCGCUGACAUCAUCAGGUACACGAAGGAGUGGGAGUUCUACGGCAUGUUUGGAUUGGCUGCCCUGGGUAAGAGGUCACGGCUCUUCAGUCUCAUCAAUCGAAACACUUUUAUUUUUUUUAAUUUUAAACUUAGAACUUUUGGUUGUGUCACUCCUGCAGAGCUGGCAGCGUUCUGUACCAGCGUCCUCCUCUUCCUCUGGUUGGUGGUGGUCCAUGUGCAGCACCGGAGCCUGGACUUCAGUCUCCUCCUCCGGGCUCUGCUGCUCUCCUGCUACGGGAAAGUCCUAGUGAUCCCAGCUGUCAUCUGGGAACACGACUACUCCCCCCUCUGCCUGAGCCUCAUCAAACUGUUUGUGCUGACCUCAAACUCCCAGGCCAUCAGAGUGAUCCUGAACAGCAGUCGACGUCUGUCACUGACGGCCGUGUGUGUCGGCCUCCUGUCGGAGACCUGCACGGCUCAGGUGUGUAGAAGACUUCAGCAGAGCGUCCAGGACAUGUUGACCUGAACCUGUGCUCCGACCAACGCAGAUAAAAAAAAUCUCUAAUCUCUGGCGUCAGCGACUGACAUGUCAGUGUGGAAAUCAACCAGAGUCGAGGUGAAGCCUGAGCCUCGGGAACAUGGAGGGUUUUUUGGGGGUGGAUUUGUGCUUUUGUUUUGAUCCUGGACUAUAGGAAGAAGAGUUAGGAACCAUGGCAGAAUAAAGAACUGUUUGGUCAUGGUGGUUACACUCUCAUUAA